CAGCACAUAAGCACAAUGUCAGACAGCAAUGAAGUGUGGGAGUCUCCUGACUGUGGGAACCCGCGAGGACUGAGGGACUCACAUGACACGAGUGGGUUCUCCGAACAUGAACUCAUUGACAUCAUGUAUAAUGCAUGCAACAACUCCAACACAGGAGAGGUGUUGGCAUCAUCCAUCUUACAGUACCUGCAAAAGGUGACCUCUCAGAGUCCAGAGCAGGGUGGACUGACAUCCCUGCGGCAAUUGCUGGACCCUGAAUGUCAAGACCCCAUUGUGAGCAGAGAGAACUUCCACCUGACUAUGAAGGAAUGGAUCGCUCAGUGCAGUGGUGAUGUGGACAGUGUUGGAGAUGCAUCUUAUCCAAACGCUUCAGUAGUAGCUGUGAAUGGACUGGAAUUCCCAUGCUCUAAAACCAAGACUGCCUCCACCAAUAGCCAACAGUGUGCCUGUGAUGGAAAAGACCUAUCAGCGGCAGUGUCAGAGCUGAAGCUAGCACACCGCAAGCUCAACGAGCAAAACAGUAGCCUGCUGAGGACGGUGGCUCAGUGUGAAGAUGUCAACCUGCAGCUCACUCUGGAGAUCACUGAGCUGCGAGCAAAGCUGGCCAGUUCCCAGCGGUCAGCCGUUCGAGCCCGAUCCAUAACAGAGGAACUGGAGGAGACCCGUCGGGCAUUUAAAGAGGCCCAGGAGAAAGCCAGCCGUGCUCAGGCCAGCUGCACCAAACUGAGCAAUGAGGUUGAAUGCCUGAAGGUUCACAUAAGCAGACUUGAGGACAAGAAUGAAAAACUGUCCUUUGAAAAGACAUGUGCCGAAGAUGGCAUCAAUAAACUCCGAAAGGUCAACGCUGAGUUGAGGGCUGGACUUCAAGAAACUCUUGUCAUGCUCACUCUGAAAGACAGAGAACUCACUAAGAAAGAUAUUCUCAUGGAUAAAAUGAAGAGCUCCCACUUGGAUAAUCACAACAUUAUUGAGGGUGUGCAGGCGGAGCUGAUGAGGUUACAUGAACAUUCCCAUCAAGUUCUGUUGAGGUAUGACAGACUUUGCAUCAGUCCUCAGACUCUCUAUGGUCGAGAUCCUCCCAACCUACGCUCCCUGCAGAGUGAGAUGCAAGACAAGCAGCAGCAGAACCACCACCUUCAUACGGAUGGCGAGGACAUUCAGAGCAUCAUCCAUAGGAUUAAAUCUGCAGAAAUUGCUCACCUUUUGCGUAAUAAGCAUUCAGAGAAGGAAUCUUCUCCUGUUGAGAUCCAGGAGAACCCUUUUCCUCAGCACCAGCAGCAACAGGCAAGCAUCAAGCAGCAGCUUGUUAAUGUACUGCACGAGCUAGAGCUGCAGAAGUGCGUAUGGGAGGAUAAAGGGGAGAAGGUGGACGAGCGGUUGAAAGCCUGGGAGAAGGAGCAAAAGCCAAGCCAGACUGGGAACCAGACUCAGAUACCGCAGUCCAAGAAGGUGGCCAUUGUGAAGUGGUGGAAAGCCCUCAGUGUGGAGGGAGCUAAAGCCCGGACUGGUGAAAGCAAGCCCAUUCAGCAGCUGGCAGAGAGAGCUCGACUCCAUGAAGCUGAGCAGACCAUCUCUGAUAUGAGGGAGCAGGUCUGUCACCUGCAAGAUUCUCUUAAAUCUGCACAGAAUUAUGCGGCUGAGCAAAAAAGCAGAAGCAGAGCUGUUUUAGUUCAUAAGGAAACCAACACUGAGACUGAAGAUGAGAACACAGCUGGUGGAACGUGUGUGAGGGAGCAGAGGGAUGCAGCAGUGGCCACAGAUUUUGUUCACAUCCCAAGAGGAGAUGCCAAACUUGGAAUAACUGCAGACAGACUGCUGGUGGCCCUCAAAAGAAUGGAGGCCAUGGUCAACAAGGCCCUGGAGUCGGCCAAACUGGUAAAAGAGAACGAGCAGAGAGUGAGCCAAGUGAGGGUGAGGAUGGAGAGCAUCACUCAGAGGGUGGAGGCCGCUUUGGGACAGGCGGCCAAUACCGACAUGCAACUGAACAUACUUGAGACUCGGAUCAUGGAAACACCGACGAAUCAGGUGUGUUCCGAGGUUUUGGUAAGUCCAGAGCAUUCAACUGAGUGUUUGGCACAGGAUAAAGAUCAAAUAGAGAGUCCUCCACCUCCACCUCCACCAUCACCUCCACCAUCUGUAAUUCUACAAGUCAGUGAGCCUCCACAGCUUCCAGUGAAAGCUCCGGCAGACACAGAAUGUGACACAGAGCAAGACAGCUGCAACAAGGUCCAAAAAGAGGCGACACACCAGGAACUGCCAGGAACUAUUUUUCACCAAAACACCAAAGAAUCCAGCGACACAGCCUGCACAGCUGAGAACAAGUUUGUUUACCCCCUCACCCGCUCUCGACCCUGUCUGCUCCCUACCAUGCCCACACUGCCUGAGGAAGAGGAAGACUCCCCCGAAGAGCUGGACAGUUCUUCUAGCUCUCCCAGUACAUGUGCACCUGUUGAGAGUGGAGCUGUUGUCAUGACUGGCCCCAAAAUCAUCUACCCACAGCAGGCCCCCAUUGUCCAACAGGAUGGGCGUCCUAUAGAACAGGCCAGGCCCCACAGUCCCAGAUCUCGUCUGGCCAGAAACUCCACUGGAGGACCCAUCACCACAGUUGACAGCACAGGUCAUGUCAUUGAUCUGGUGAAGGACAAUCUACCGGAGAUGCAGCUCUCUGAAGAGGAUCGCCAGAAGAAUCUGGAGUUGCUGGAACAAGCUAAAAAGGUCAGCGACCGCUUUCUGAUGCGCCGGGGCCGUCGUUCUACCAGCAGCCUUUCCGACUCUCUAACAGGAUUCCCUGACGUGGCCUGCAGCUCACAGUCUGUCAGUCAGCAUCUGGAUGUUGCCUCAGUGAGAGGGCAAACGGAUGUGACCACUCAGGAUCAGGAGGGCAGCAGACUGUUGGUUGACUGGAAGCUCACAGAGAAGAGAAAAGUGUCUUCUGGGACGCUAACGCCACGGUUUGCCAUCCCUAAGGAAAACUGUGAACCCAAAAGUCCCCCAGGAGUCAACAAAAGUGAUGAGGGAGUCGGGUCGGGACGAAAUUCCAACCAAGCCCCAGCUACAGGGGUUGCCAAGCCAGUUCCCCGGCCCCCAACGCAACAGGCCCCCUGCACAGCCGAGAUAAAGACCAUUGGAGCCUUUCCACCACUCAUGAGGGCUGUUUCCUGGGAUGCUGUUGGAGGCGUUAACUCCAGAAACGGAGCGGAGGACUCAAAUUCUGACAAGGCCAGGGAUGCCGUCUUUAAAGCCUCAGGUCUCAAGGAGCUCACAACACCAAAACUUUCCAAAUUCAGAGAGGAGCACAAGCUGAUGCGGAACCAAAGCAUAGUCGGAUCCAAGUUACCGGACUUGAGUGAAGCUGCUGAACAGGAAAAAGGACCUGCUUCUUCAACCAGCAGUGAUGAGACCAAGUCUGACGCCAUGCCAAACAUCUCAGACGUCAUGCUAAGAAAACUCAAACUUCACCGCGGCCUCUCUGGCUGUCCACCUCCCCUCACGGAAAAGGAAGUUGAGAAUGCAUUUGUUCAACUAUCACUGGCCUUUCGUAAUGACAACUACACUCUGGAGACUCGCCUCAAACAGGCAGAGAGGGAGAGGAACCUGACUGAGGAAGAUACGCAGAAAGAACUCGAAGAAUUCAAAGGCUCACUGAAGAUGACUGCUCCACAGUGGCAGAACUUGGAACAGCGUGAGGCCUAUCAGCGACUUAUAGAGACGGUCGCAGUGCUGCACCGGCUGGCCACUCGCCUUUCCAGCAGAUCAGAGAUAGUUGGAGCGGUUCGACAGGAGAAACGCAUGAGCAAGGCUACCGAGGUCAUGAUGCAAUAUGUGGAAAAUCUCAAGAGGACGUACGAGAAAGACCACGCUGAGCUGAUGGAGUUUAAGAAGCUGGCCAACCAGAACUCCAAUCGCUGUUAUGGAGGGUCUGUAGAAACUGGAGAUGAUGGAGUUCCACGGCCAUCAAGAUCCAUGUCACUCACUCUUGGAAAGGCCCUACCCAGACGCAGAGUCAGUGUCGCUGUGGUACCAAAGUUUAACCUCCUGAACAUCCCUGGUCAGACGCCACCCACAAGCGGACCCAACUUGCCAUCAGCCUCCACUCCUGGCGCUGCUCUUCCUGCCUUGAGUGAAGCGAAUGAUGUGAAAGGCAACUCAUCACCCGAGUCCACACAUCAGACAACGACUGAGUGUGGAAAGAGCGUGUCGGAGCAGGAAGGCGAACCGGCCAAGCCUGCAGUCAACUUAGAGGAGAUCAGAGCUGAGAUCAGGGCAGAGAUCAAGGCAAAGAUUGAGGAAGAGGCGUACAAUAAAGGCUACCAAGAAGGACUGAAGCAAAACAAAUCAAUCCAGGAAGAAAAGAAAGAGGACGAGCAAGCUACGGAGAAGUUGCUGGAAUCCAAAAUCAGGGAUGAAGAAAGCGGAAAGAAGAUGGAAACAAACAGGAGGAUGGAGGAAGUCCUGGUUCUCCUUCGUCGUGUAUGUCCCAGAAUUUUGUGGAGUAAGAGACUUCUCUGCCUGGCCCUGAUGUUUUUUCUGGUUAUGUGUUUGGUUAUCAUCAUUUUCACCUUUUUCACUGACUACCACAACAGGGGUGAAGACACAUAAAAGAAAAAGCACUUUUGUCAAGUUAGAACACAAUGUUUGAACCAAAGAAUCAUUGUUUCUGCCAAUGUAUUCAUCUUUGACAAGGUUUAGAAUGGAAAUCAACACAACUGUUUUUCUGUAGGGACCAAAUACAAUUCUGGUACUUGUGAAUAUGAUGAAUAUGGCACCUUCAAUAGUCAUAUAGACACAUAAAAAUCCCCUGACUUAUUACCAGCCGAUUUAAAGAUAUGUUUUUAUUAUUUAUAUUUUAUGUAUUUAAAGAUUUCAAACUACAAAUGAGUUUUCUAGAGUGCAAUAUUGUCUUGCAAUCAGGCUGUCCUUUUGUGCCAUUUUUUGGAUUGCAUCUUCGCAGCACUGGGAGAUGUUGUACUCUGUUUAUUUCUAACUACUUUCUCACACGUAUGUCUGUUUGUGCAGUCAACUCUGCAGAGAUUUGCUCUGACAAGUCACCUUGAAAUAAAGGUUUGUGAUAACAUUA